AUGCUGCGCUGUCUGGCGGGCAUCUGCCCGGGCGCGGUGGCCACGCCCUCGGCGCCGCCGCAGGUGGACCUGGCGCGCCUCUGCAGGCCCACCCUGCGCGCGGGCGAGGCCUACGCGCCGGCUCCCGGCGCGGAGGCGGCCGCCCUGGAGGAGUGCGGCGCCCGCCUCGGCAUGGCCGGGGCGCCGCCGGGGGCGGACCCGCCGCUGGCGCUGGUGAGCCGCGACUUCGCGAGGAACUCCGCCAGGCUGCUGGUGGUGGUGCCCUCCGCGGGCGCGCCGCGCGGCGUCUGGGACGCCGCCCUCGCAGAGGGCGGCGUCGGCGCCGCGACCAGCCCGCCUCUGCUGCGCUGGGCGGAGGCGAACGGGUUCGCCGUGGCGCUCUUCUGUGGCGAGGGGCCGCACGGGCUGUCCCCGAAGGUCUGGGACGGGGUGCUGAAGGGCAGCCCUGCGGGGUGCGCCUCCGUGCUCGUCGCAGGCGGCAUGCUGCCCGCGCUGGAGGCGGCCAUGGACCAGCUGCACCCGCUGCUGUUCUCGCGCUUCCGCUCCGUGUGCGUGGCGCCCUCGCUGCCGGGCGGCGGGGAGCCGUCGGCCGCCCCCGGCGAUGGCGGGGCGGCCGUGGAGGUCUCGGCGGAGCUGCGCCAGCACCUGGGCAAGGCGCUGCUGAGGCUGCCGCCGGAGUGGGCCCGGCAGGACGCCUUCAGCGCGCACCAGCAGCUGUUCGAGGCCCUGCUCCGCCGGGAGGAUUUUUGGAGCCAGAACGAGGCGAAGAAGUACGCAGGCUUCCGGGACCUGAAGGAGAACGACGUGCCAGGCCUCCGCCGCAUCGGCAUCGACAAGCGCGUGGAGCGCAUCACCCGCGACCGCGGCAACGACGAGCUGUCGCAGCUGAUGCGCAAGCACGAGCGCAACGAUGCGGGCGUUGGCGAGGAGGACGAGCCGGGCGUGGACUGA